AUUUGUUACUUGAAAAUGGAUGAUCAAAGAUUCCCGUGCCACGCCCUUUUUUAUGAGACACAGCUCUGUCAAUCACAGGCCACAGCUGACAAUAGCAAUAGACGUCAAACUGGGGCUGGAAAAGUAAACUAUGUGCACAGUCUGCUAUUUUUAAACGAAAAAAACCAAAUAAACCGGUGUGUUUUAUGUGAAAAAUUAGCUUGUUUGCAGCCCAUGAAAACGCAAACUGGAAUGGUCUCGAGCGACAAUUCCAUCCAGCAGGAGGCAGUUGGGAGCCGAAUUGAGUCCGGAGGGUUCAUUGGCACCGUUCGCUUUGUAGGACUGCUGCCUGAGCAUGCCGGCCAGUGGUACGGCAUCGAGUGGGACAACCCGAGCAGAGGCAAACAUAAUGGCACAGUCAAUGGAGUGCAGUUCUUCCAAACUGGGCACCCGACUGCUGGCUCCUUUGUGAGGAGGGAAAAGCUGAAUUUCGGGCGGACCUUGAUCGAGGCCAUCGCGGCCCAGUAUGGCAACGAGGAGAGCGAUAUAGCGAAGCGAAUCCAUGAGCAGCAGAUUAUCAGCUUGCAAAGAUCCAUCAAUGCCCCGUUCAUCGAGUUCGUGGGCUUUGACAAAGUCAGCAGCAAGCAGGGGAAGUUUGAGUCGCUGAAAAUGAUCAGCGCUCGGGCGCAACAUGUCAGCAGCCUGGGAGAUCCCAGUCAACUGAACACGCUCUUCCAAAACAUCCAGCAACUGGACCUGUCGAAGAAUUUGCUCAACUCAUGGCAGACGGUGUUCGAUGUUUGCAGACAGCUGGACCAACUCUUCUGGCUCAAUGUCAACGCUAAUUUGCUGACUUUCCCCGAAGAGCCGCCGCCUGUUUUUCCCAAAAUCACUAUUCUCAUUUGUGGUUACAUGCGCCUCACUUGGCAGGACAUCAAGCGACUGUCGCUAAUUUUUCCAAACAUUAACGAACUGCGUGCGAACGACAACAACAUUACUCACUUGGACACGGACAGCAGGCAUUUUAAAAACCUGGAAAUUUUGGAUUUGGAACACAACCCCAUCGGGCAAUGGCAGGAGGUGAUGAAACUGAACACGAUCAAAGGGUUGCAGGAGUUGAACAUUGGCGGCAUCCGACUGGAGCGGAUUGACUUUGGGACUGCUCAGGCGAAGGCCGAUUGUUUCCCGAAUCUAACCAAAUUGUGCCUUAGCAACAACUUGAUCAACGAUUGGACCUCAGUGAGUGAGCUGAAUAGACUGCCAAACUUAGAAGGGCUGCGCUUCUCGAACAACCCGAUUCUAACCAGCGAAAACCCCGACACUGUCAUUGCGCUGGUUGUGGCCAAAAUCGCCUCUCUAAAGGUGCAUAACGGCAGAAACCUAAUUGGCGAUCUUCGGAUAAGUGGCGAAUUCCGGCGAGGUUGCGAAUACGACUACUUGAAAAAGUACGGCUUGGAGUGGCUGAGGGUGAAGAACACGCCCAAAGAGACUGAUUUUCUUAAGGAACACAACCGCUACUUGGACCUGGUGCACAUGUAUGGGGAGCUCGAGCACGCCGAACUCAAAAUCGAGGACAACAGUAAACUAAAAAAUUCACUCAUAGGCCUGAACCUCGUCCACAAGGGCCGAGAGGUCAGUAAAAAGGUGUCGCCCUUCAUGUUGGUCCAGAAACUGCGAAUUUUAGUGCAAAAAUUGUUUAAACUCGAAGACCUGCCCGCAUUGGUCUGUUUGGAGGAAAAUCAAUUUGAAAUUCCUCUAGACGACGAGACGAAGGAGCUUGAUUACUAUUGCGUUAAGGACAACGACAGGGUUUUUGUUAACAUAUGAUUCUUACGGCUUUCUAACCAGGAGUGUGAUAGGCGGAGUUAAAUUUUACUAAAAAACAAACGAAAUGCUUUUGCGUAUUUUUCACCAAAAUAUACAGAUUUUUAACAGAA